AUGCAGCAGCAUGGUCUCUCCCUCCCCUUCGCUAGCAGUUCCUUCACGCGUCCAAGAAUCAGUGGCGCUAUAUAUUUUCGUCCGCAUCGCACUCAUCUUCACACCCCACUUCCCCAUUCCAAGACUACGGUAAUUCCUUCGUUCGCUGCUAAAGGCCACAGUCUUCUCCUCUUCGCAAAGUCUGCAUAUCUUGAUCGAAUGGCAUUUUCUUCCCAUGCGACUUCAGCCGAAGAUAAUGGCAUAACUGUCAACAAUCCCAGCAAGCAUCAGAGAACAGGUAAAAUUCGCGAUGGGAAUGGAAAUACCCAGGGGAAGAGCUUCUGGGGUGCAGUUAGUUUAAUCAUUGGCACUGCCGUGGGCCCAGGAAUGCUUGGUUUACCGGCUUUGACUAUCAAAUCAGGUCCAUUUCCUUCAACAAUCGUCAUUCUUCUGUCUUGGGUCUAUGUCAUCUCCUCAAUAAUACUUGUGGCAGAACUCAGCUUUGCUACCAUGGAGGAAGAUGGGAUCCAAGAGGUGAGCUUUACGGGCCUAGCUACAAAGGCGUUGGGACGUUGUUUUGGUGCAUUUGUUGCUUUGGUUUACACCAGUCUGAGUUUUUCCUUGUUGGUGGCUUGUGUUGCUGGCAUUGGCGCCAUUUUUUCUCCCUGGUUCCCCUGCCUUAGGGCUUCGGUUGUUCAUGCCUUGUUUCCGCUGGUUGUUGGAAUAUUGAUGGUCUUUUUCCCAUUUAACACUAUUGAUUUCGCAAACCGGAUGCUAUGCUUCCUCAUGCUUUUCUCUAUAACUGCAUUGGUUUGUGUGGGAAUGUCUGUGGCAAGAACUAACAUUAUAAGCUCCUUUGGUUAUGCCUCAUGGAGCCUUUCAUCAAUACUCCCGAUAAUACCUGUGGCUGUACUUACAUUGGGAUUUCAUGUCAUCACUCCAUUUAUAUGUAAGAUUGUUGGGAAUACUGUACAUGAGGCUAGAAAAGCUAUACUGAUUGGCGGGACUGUUCCUUUACUUAUGGUUUUAUCAUGGAAUUUGAUAGUCUUGGGACUUGUAGGGGCUACCAGAACGCCCAGUUCAGGCAAUUCUAAUGACCCUAUACCCCUUUUACUUUCAGUAAAUCCAUCUGCUUCAUCUGCUGUUCAAUGUUUUGCCUUCUCUGCUAUGGCAACUAGCUUGAUAGGAUAUGCCGUAAGCUUGCCUAAACAACUUCUUGACACAUGGGAGUUGAUAUCCGGAAAAUCUACCGUUUCUAACGGGCAUGGCUGUGGAGGAGUUGGAUUGGCCUUUAAUUCAGGAGAAUCUGGUAUCGGUUGUCCAGGGAAGGUUUCCCUCGGAAGUUCAAGGGAUUUUACCAUGGUAGAAUCUAACACAAGACCAACCAACCAUUUGUUUGAGACGUUUAAAGUGAUUGUGACAGUAUCGGUCCUUGCUCUUGCAACCCUCAUAGCUUCGUUCUUUCAAUCUACAUUUUCAAGAGCUCUCGAUUUUGCUGGGGUUUAUGCCAACUGCUUUUUGUUCGGUAUUAUUCCUCCUGUGAUGGCUUACAUACACCAGUCCAAGAAGAAACUCAGGUCAUCAAUGCUUCCCGGAGGAAAUGGGACCCUGCUCUUGCUUUUCAUUAUUGCCGUCAUUUUAGGAAUUUGGCAUUAG